AGGAUCUCAACUGCCUGGGCAGGGCCUUUGGAGGGCAUAUAGUGCAUGCUGUGCCCCACCCCUUUUUAGAGAUGGGGCAAGGGGCCCAGAAAAGGGAAAUGACGUGUCCAGGGGGCUCCAAAAAUUCGCUAGGGGGGCUCGGGGCAGCGGUUUGAGGGUGGAGGCCUCCGAGCGAGCUGCCGGGAGCUGCGUUUGCAGAACCAGCACCUCGCAAAGACUUGGGGCGAGUAUGUGUUUGGAGCGGCGGGGAGCUGGGGGAGCCCGGGCGCGGCGUCCGGCAGCGGAGUGGAACCAGGACCCGGAUGGGCGGACCCCAGCCCCGCGCCCCGCGCCCCGGAGCGCUCGCCGCCUGGUGCACGGCGCCCCCCAGUGGGACGCCAGGGUCUAGUCACGCCGCGCGCUCCCAGGCCCGCCGCUCUCCGGACAAAGGGCGCGAGUUCCAGGGAUCCAGCCCACCGCGCCCGGGCCCGGGCCGGCCGUCUCCUGCCCCCGGCGGCCUCCCGUUAUCAGCGGAGUCGGCGGGGAGCAGGUUCCCACGGUCCCCCGGCCUGCGCGGGGCGCGCGGGAGAGCGGAGCGUGGGCGGGGCUUCCGGAGGCGGGGGCCUCGAGGUCACUGUCGCUGCAGUCACCGGAGCCCGCACUCGGUCCCGAGAUGACGGCGUGCAAGCGGGUGGCGAAGGAGCUGGAGGAUCUUCAGAAGGACCUUCCCCAGUACCUGCGGAACCUGUCCAGCGAUGAUGCGGACGUCCUGGUGUGGCACGCUCUCCUUCUGCCGGAGAAGCCGCCCUACAACCUCCGGGCCUUCAGCCUGCGCAUCAACUUCCCCGAGGAAUAUCCAAUGAGACCCCCCACGGUGACGUUCACAACCAAGAUCUACCACCCCACCGUGGGCAUUGAUGGCCAGGUGUGCCUGCCCAUCAUCAGCAAUGAGAACUGGAAGCCUUCUACCAAGACCUACCAAGUCUUGGAGGCCCUCAGCGUGCUGGUGAAUAAUCCGGACCUGGGGGAGCCCGUGCGCCUGGAGCUUGCUGACCUGCUAACACUGGACUCGGAGCAGUUCCACAGGAGAGCCGAAGAGUUCACCCUCCAGUUUGGAGAGCCCCGGCCCUCCUAGCUCUGGUUCUGGCCCUCUGCACUGGGUCCUGUCCCUGUGAUGGCAGACACACAACAUGGACUGGGGCCAGAGCCCCUUGGUGGCCCAUGUCCUGCUCAGUUUUUCUGUGUUUUUUCCUUUCUUAGGUUGUUAGCUGUUAGUUGUGUGUGUGGUAUGUGUGGACCCAGUUCCAGGUUCACGCAUGGGGUUAUGGGGCUGAUUUUGAGUUAGAGAAGCCCAAAGAGAAGAGAUAAAAAUUGUGGGUCUCAGUGGAGUCUCUUGUUGGAUAGAAGGGAUGUGUCCUGAGAUACCUGCUCCUGCCUCUGUUCUUACACGUGGGAUACCUGCUGCUCUCUAUCUGUGCACCUUGGUGAAGCCUCCACUCCUUUCCAGGGCUCAGUGCCCUAAAGGACAGUUGAGGGGGUUGGCCCAGUAAUGACAAUCCAAUCACUUAAUUAAGCACUUUUGGCACUAUGCGGAGAGCUUCACGCAUAAUGUCAUCGAACCCCUGAGCAGCUCCCCAAGAUAGUGCUGUGUGCUUUCCUACUUCGUUUCUGUGCCCCAGAGCCAGGCAGUUAAGGUUUGCAGAGUCACAGGCCAGCUGCUACUAGUGGCUCCAUCUUAAAGAUCACCUUCCAGGCCAGCUGGCAGGAAAUGAGCCCAGCAGGCCACUAGAAAACCUCAGGGACCCAGGCAUCUGGGGGAGUGGAGGCGGGAGGCAGGGCACAUCGAAGGGAGUCCCUUGCAAUUGGGUGAUUUGUUGAUUAUAUUAUCAGCCAGGCUGUGCAGAUUUAAGUGCUAAACCUUUUCUUUUCCACUGAUGAAACACUAAGUGAAGAAUCUGAUCUCUGUCCCAGAAAUCUGACUACACUGUUUCCAAACCACUUGCAAUCCCAUUAGGUUGGGGCCAGGCUUCAGGCUGGGAGGAGCGGCCCCUUCAGCUUCCAGUCAAGAGGGAGUCACGGAAACCGUGUGUUUUUCCAGCCAUUAAAGUCUCAGAUGACGUGUA